ACGUCAAUGUUUAUGUAGCCUGCUGUCUGUCCGUGGAUGUAACAACCGCACCAAGGACUCUGCAAUGUGAUUACCCGACAUAUUGAUUUGUUUUGCUCUCAUUUCACCCGCUGUCUCUACCACAUUAUGCACCAGCCGUCACCAUGGGAAGCCACUAGCAGGUGAAACACGGAAGACACCGAGGAAAAAGCCGGAAUGGCUGGCGCCUUCAAAGGCUGCCAGAAAAUCCGAGGUCCGCAGCUCCGAAGUCUGCUGGAGGCGAAGGACUUCAUCCUGUUCGACUGCGACGGGGUCAUAUGGCACGGAGAGAAGGCCAUCACGGGCGCGGCGAAGGUGGUCAACUCGCUCAUACGAAACGGAAAAAACGUGGUGUUCGUCACCAACAACUGCACCAGGCCGCGGGAGAAUUACGUGCACAAGUUCUACCGGCUGGGCUUCACCGACGUGAUCCUCGAGCAGAUCUUCAGCUCGUCGUACUGCUCGGCUCUCUACCUGCGCGACGUCGUCAAGGUCCGCGGCCGGGUGUUCGUCAUGGGCUGCGACGCAAUGCGCAGGGAGCUGCUGGAGGCGGGCGUCCCCUGCGUGGAGGAGGUGGCGGACGAGCCGGACGCCACCAUCUACGACUGCGCUCUGGCUCCGGACGUCAAGGCGGUGCUGGUGGGACACGAUGACAAACUGACUUUUCUCAAACUGGCCAAAGCCUCGUGCUACCUGCGGGACCCGGACUGUCUGUUCCUGGCCACCGACAACGACCCGUGGCACCCUCUGUCAGGUGGAAGGAUACUGCCAGGUUCUGGGUCCCUCACUGCAGCCCUGGAGGUGUCCUCAGGUCGCAAGGCCACAGUGAUCGGCAAGCCCAGCCGCUUCAUGUUCGAGUGUAUCUCCAGUCAGUUCACGGGGGUGGACCCCGCCCAGUGCCUGAUGAUCGGGGACCGCCUGGAGGUGGACAUGCUGUUCGGGUCCAACUGCGGCCUUGACACCAUGCUCACUCUCACCGGCGUGUCUCAGAUCGAGGAGGCCCAGGAGUACAGGGAUAGUGAGCUGACCACCAACCACAGCUUGGUGCCCGACUACGUGGUGGACACCAUCGCCGAUUUCUUACCCGCUUUUGAGGAACUGGACCAACAGGACGAACAGAGCAUUUGACGAGUCCUUUCACCUCCAGUACGGAGCGCAGAUCGCUUCUACUGCAUUUCAAAGUGCAAUGUUUAAGUCUGGCAUUUGCAAAAAACGCGUACCUCUCCACGAUUUAUCCAAAACUAGAAACGUUCCUCAGUAACAAGGUGCCGUUUAUGUUGUGAGCAAGACACGCAUAGGACAGAAUAUUCUCCCCCAAAAUAAUCAGAGUAAUCCAGUGCAUACCUCAGUGUUUCUUCUAGUGUUGUGCCCAUUUGUGACUUGACAGUUCCUCGUUGCUGUUAGUGUUUAUAUUAAUAUAUGAAUAUACUGCACUUUCUUCUCCAUAAAGUUCACAGGUCUGUGUUUGAUAUUGGGUUUUGAACAUCCAGAGGGUAUUUUUGUAAAGCCAUGAAUUGUUCUGUAACGGCAUUCAUGUGUUUAGGAGCUGGUUGGUUCAUUUUUUUUUUCCAUACAUGUACUUAAUAACGCAGAAUUUAUUUCUCAUACGUGUUUGCCUUACUGUGACUUCUCCUUCAUUAAUUCAUAGCAAGAGGAAAUAAUUAAAAACUGUGUGGGCUUUUCUCAGUUCUGGUGGAGACUUAAGAUGACAAUCUGCCAGUCAGACAGGUGAAGUGUGUUUUCACCUUUCUGUCAUGUCUGUGCUACUUGUGCCAAUAUUCAUCCGAGUACGAAACCGCUUACUGAACCUCAUAGUUAGUAAAACCAGUUACACAUUAAUGGUGGCCGGUCAUAGUGCACUGUCGUGAAAUUUCAAUGUUGUUAAUGUUUACCAUAUAGAGCAUGCCAGCAACGGUAACAACAAUAAAUAAUACCCUAAAAUGAAUCCUUAA